UAGUUCUUUAUUUAUAAUCCAGCAUGUCUGAACGCAGGCUGACUGCCUGCUUUCUAUUGCUGGGUUCAUACCAAGUUAGCUUCAUUACUCGGAAAAAAGAAUUGCUCCCCUCACUGGUUUUGGAUUUAGGAAGCCUAAAGCACACACCCUAAUGUGUAUUGAUGCUGGCUGCAGGGAAAGCUGCUGAUAUCUUGGAAGGAAAAUUGUCUCCAGCUGUAUGUAGAGAUCCUGCAAAAGGUCAGAGUGGUAUGCUUGUCCUCUGAGGACCAGGAACUGGAGAUCAGUUUUAUUACUAAGCCCAGUCUUUGUCUUUGGAAUUGAAGCUGGCCUCUCACCAUGUCAAGUGAAGCAGAAACAGUCAGUGUCAACAGUCAACAGCCAACUGCCCAGCAGCAAACACCACUCAAACCACAGCCUUCCAAAAAAGAGAAAAAGAAAGGAUUGGAAAAGACAGAGGAAUUCCUUUUGGCCAGAUUUCAAGGUGAUGGGGUAAAGUACAAGGCCAAAUUGAUCGGUAUUGAUGAUGUUCCAGAAGCAAGAGGAGACAAAAUGAGCCAAGAUUCAAUGAUGAAAUUAAAGGGAAUGGCAGUUGCAGCCCGUUCCCAGGGACAGCACAAGCAGAAAGUAUGGGUGAACAUCUCUCUUGCUGGAAUCAAAAUCAUGGAUGAAAAGACUGGGGUUAUUGAACAUGAGCAUCCAGUCAACAAAAUCUCAUUCAUUGCUCGAGAUGUGACGGACAACCGAGCCUUUGGCUAUGUCUGUGGAGGAGAAGGGCAGCACCAGUUCUUUGCCAUCAAAACGUCACAACAAGCUGAACCUCUGGUUGUAGAUCUGAAGGAUCUCUUCCAAGUAAUCUAUAACAUGAAGAAAAAAGAAGAGGACGAUAAGAAGAAGAAUGAAGAGGCCAGUAAAACUGAGAAUGGUAAUGAUGAAGCCACUACUGAUCAAGUUGGCAAAAUAAAGUUGGGUGUCGACCAGAUGGAUCUAUUUGGAGACAUGUCUACUCCUCCUGACCUCAACAGCCCCACAGAGGAGGAAAAAGAGAUCCUGUUAGUGGAUUUAAACUCUGAGAUUGAAGCCCCUCCAACUUCUCUCAAAGGGGAGGACCUUUUCUUGAACGACAUCACGCCUUCCUUGCCAUUGCCAAAGCUACAGCCGCCUUUCUUGCCUGAAAACGCUUUUUCUGCAAACCUCAGCUUCUUUCCUACCCCCAGUCCUGACCCUUUCCGUGACGAUCCUUUCACGCAAGCUGACCAAUUGGCACCCCCUUCCCUUGAUUCUUCUUUAAAACCUUCCAGUCAGAAGAUGGAGAACAGUUGUGUGAACGGGGACAUAGACUACUUUGGGAAAGAGUUUGAUCAGAUUUCCAACCGGACUAGCAAGCAAGAAAUGCCGGCCAGCCAAUGGCUGCUUGAAAGUAAAUCGGCACAUUUAGCGGUGAAGACAUCCGACGGGGUGCCGGAGACAGAACAGAACGGUUUCGUGGCCAAAUCCCCCUUGAGUGUCUUUGCAGAAAGCUCUCCCAAAGGAACACCUGUGCAGAAUGGGUUACGGCUAGACUCUGAUAGCAGCCACCUGUCAAUGCCACAAGACUCCAUCACGAUUAGCCCACCUCCACAAAGUACAAAGCCAGGAAGAGGAAGGAGGACUGUUCAGAAUGCAGCCAGCAACUUGUUUGGUCCUGAUAUUUUUGCUCCUGGAUAUUCUGUAACAAGCACUCUGACUACUGCAGGACAGCCUUCCAGUGUACAGACUAACCCACUAGACCUCUUCAAAACCAAUCCUCCUACAGCAGCUCCCAUACCUGGACUAGGUGGCCUGCCUACAUCAGCAUCCCCAACACCAGCGUGGGGUCCCCAGUCUACGGCCUUCGGUCAGCCAACCCCGGUGUUUCCUGGAACUGCUCUGAGCGCUCAGCCAAUGAAAUUUGCACCAUCUCUUGGUUUUGGUGCUCCUCAACAAUCACCUGGUUGGGGCCAGCCAGUUCCAGGCCAGACUCCAGCUCCUGAUCCCUGGAGUCAAUCUGUGUGUGUUUCUCCAUCCAAUGCAUGGGCACAGCCUCCUACUAGUGGGAACCCUUUCCAUAUCAACAUGUUUCCACCUUCUCUGGCAUCUCACCCUCCAUCUAUGUUGUCCUCCAUGUCAUCUACUAGCCCUCCUCCUCAGUUGCCUCCUAGAACUGCACCACAGAAGGAGUGCAGUGUAAAAAAAGAAAGCGAUGCCUUUACUGCUUUGGAUCCUCUGGGUGAUAAAGAGAUAAAAGAUGUCAAGGAGAUGUUCAAAGACUUCCAGCUGACGAAACCACCCGCUGUGCCUGCCCGGAGAGCAGAGCAGCAGCAACAACCAGGGCCUCCAAAGCCUGGUCUGAGACAAAAUGCUGCCCCGCUUAUUUCCAAGCCUGCUGAAGACCGCUUUGAAAAUCCUUUCAAGAUGGAUCCUUUCGCUGCUCCCUCACAAGGUUUAAUUACAGCUCAACAACAGCAAUUGUCUUCAGUUCCUUGUAAUGAUCCUUUUGGAAAUCCAUUUGCAUAAAUUAGGUUGCCCACCAAAUGUGAAAAGAAAACAAGCGUUAUGGAAUGCAGCUCUGAGAUGCUCACGGUCCAUCUCAUUUCUCUUCACCACAAGUGGGUGUUAUUGGCAAAACUAUAACUGGAUUGUUGGGUCAAACAGAUGCAAGGAACAACUGGACACUGAGCUUACUGUCUUCGGUCUGCAUUAUCUGCCUCAUUCUUCAACUUUUGGAUCAUUCAAGUUAAGACCUUAGAACUUCUUAAACCAAGGAAGCAAUUUGCUUGAGACCAAACUGGAACUGGUGAUAAUUUUUAGCCCGUGUGGAUGGAAGAAAACACUCUAUGGUGUCUCUUAUUCCCUCACUUUCCGUUUUCAUCAAUGCUUAGAAGCACUAAAAGUGAAAAAUGAAAGAGAAAUUAAUGGUUCUUUAUGGAGAAAGACACACAGAUUUGUACUCACUUCUGCACAAGGAAAGACCAUGAUAUCAGCAGCACUGAGUUGCCAAGAACAUAAAAUAAAAUAGUCAAGUGCUAUUGUAGAGUUUUCCUACCAAUAUUAUUACAAUUUUUUUUUUAAAAAAAACCUUCCAGCACUCUAUUUACCGCCCACCCAAAUAUCAAGGUGAAAGAAUAUUUAAAUUAUGAAAUGGGCAAAUAUUGUAUUACUUCUAACUGGUGAGUUCUAAAAAUGCAGUUGCUAGCUUUAAAUUAUGCAAAUUUGAAACAUCUUUGAUGGUAUCUUGUCCAGGAUAUCAAAUGCUGUUUUCCUAGAACAUAUUUUUGUUAUGGAUUGGUCUCUGGUAAGAUUCUCAUUUUUGGAAUCGGUGCUGGAAAAAAAAGAGUAGCUACAAAAAUGGAUAAGUGGGUUUUAAGAUAAGUUAUUAAACUGGAGAGCAAUUGUACUUUUAACAACUAGUCUGAACAAAAUGAUAUUCAUGUCUAUUAAUUAUGAUAAGGCUAGAGGCUGAUAAUUCACUCUUUAAAUAAUAAGUUUAAUAAUAAGUUGGACAAAGCUAUUGUUAACAGCCAGAUGUCUCUCCAAUACAGCAGUUACCAAUAUAAACUUGAAAUAGUAUCCAUGUUUAAAUGUUUAGGUGAACGCAACAUGGUGAUCUACUUCCUAAAAAAUACCAAGCCUCCAGUGAUCCGUUCAGCUCUGUAUAAUACUCUAUUGCACAUUCCUGUAAUACAAAGCUCUCUAUGUAUGUGUUUGUCUCAGACUGAAAAUACAGAAACUUCUUCUGGACUGUGUUACACUGUAAAAAGUACUCGGGUGUUAUGGCAAUUAAAUGUAACUUCAUUUCAAA